UCCACAGAAGCCAAAUAAUAAAGAGCCAACAAAAGGCCUUUGCUCUUCCUGUGCUCUUACUGCUACUACUAUUACUUGGGGCAUUGGAUAGACUGAGUUUUGUUGUGGAGAAAAAUGGCAAUAACACUUAACAACGGAUUCAAGAUGCCAAUUAUUGGUUUAGGUGUGUGGCGGAUGGAAGGAAAAGAAAUCAGAGACCUCAUUACUAAUUCUAUCAAGCUUGGCUACCGUCAUUUUGAUUGUGCUGCUGAUUACAAGAAUGAAGCAGAAGUAGGGGAGGCAUUGGCUGAAGCUUUUAAAACAGGGCUUGUUAAGAGGGAGGAUCUUUUUAUCACUACCAAGCUAUGGAAUUCAGAUCAUGGACAUGUUGUUGAGGCCUGCAAGGAUAGUUUAAAGAAGCUUCAGCUUGAUUAUCUUGAUCUUUACCUUGUGCACUUUCCUGUAGCCACAAGGCAUACUGGAGUGGGUGCGACUGGCAGUGCAAUGGAUGAGGAUGGGGUGCUGGAUAUAGACACAACUAUAUCCCUGGAAACCACCUGGCAUGCCAUGGAAGAUCUGGUUUCCUUGGGUUUAGCUCGCAGCAUUGGAAUCAGCAACUAUGACAUCUUUCUAACUAGAGAUUGUUUAGCCUACUCGAAAGUGAAGCCCGCUGUGAAUCAAAUUGAAACUCACCCGUACUUCCAGCGUGAUUCUCUUGUCAAAUUCUGUCAGAAGCAUGGCAUCUGCGUGACUGCUCAUACUCCUCUUGGAGGUGCCGUGGCCAAUACUGAAUUGUUUGGCACUGUAUCAGUAUUGGAUGAUCCUGUUCUGAAGGGCCUGGCUGAAAAAUACAAGAAAACCGUGGCCCAGAUUGCUCUCCGGUGGGGCAUCCAACGAAACACUGUUGUCAUCCCCAAGUCAUCAAAGGUCGAGAGACUGAAGGAAAAUUUUGAAGUUUUCGACUUCGAGUUAAGCAAAGAGGAUAUGGACCUGCUGAAAGAGUUGGACAGGAACUACAGGACCAACCAACCUGCCAAGUUUUGGGGAAUAAACUUGUAUGCUUGAUCAUGUCCAUUAUAUCAUUUGAAAAUGUUCCCUUGCCUCUUAAGAAUAAUAGCAGCAGUAUGGAUGUUUUGCUUAUUGUGCUUGGUUUCUGAAACUGUGAGAAAUUGAUUGACAUCAUGGUCAAGGGUUGAUUAGUAUCAUAUGCUUUACUUUGGUAAAA